CUCCGGGCGGCGCGGCAGGGGACCACGGGCAUCCGGCACCACGCCGCGGGGCUCGGGGCCAGCUGCCGCUGCCGUCCUGAGGCGGCCGGAAGCGGGCGGGCGGAAGCGGGCGGGCAGGACACUCGCGGUCGGGCGCGCUGCGUGCUGACGAGACAGCGGCGGCGGUGCCAUGAAGGGCGGCGGCGGCAGCUCGGGCACCAGACCUGAACGUCACAGACAGCAGAAGGUCAAGAGAUCUCGGGGAAACAAAAAGUCUAAGGAAUACGAGGAGGUGGAAACUACUGUAAUAGAGCUGAGCAGUGACUAUGAUGAGACAGUCAGCAACAUCUCUUCUGCCUCACCAAAGCAUCGAGUGAAUGGAAGUCCAGAAGAAUCCCGAAGCAAGCGGACCAUUCGCAGGCCGGCGUACUGGUUGGAAAUGAGGGGGAUGAAGAAUGGCAUUAGCAAACCUGCCAAAAAAAAAGAAGGAGUACUGUUGAAAGGCAAGAGGAAAGCUGAGCAAGGGGAAGGCGAAGAUCUUAAACACUCUCCUAAGAAAAAGCAGAAAAUUUCAGCAGGAAAAAAACAAGAAGAUGGAACAAAACAGAACUCCGAAAGGAAAAGUCACUGUGUUCAGAAAGAACCAGAAACCUAUGGCACAGGUAGCAUGGAAGAGCAAUGGUCCUUGGAAAUUCAAGACAAAGGCCAAGUUACCUGUCCAACCUGCCGGGCUGUGACGAGAAAGACUGUAGAAGGACUGAAGAAACAUAUGGUAAAUUGCAGGCAGGAAAAGUUCACGUGUCACCACUGUGGGAAGCAGCUGAAGUCUUUAGGAGGGAUGAAAUACCACGUCAUGGCAGACCAUAACAAUCAGCCAGUUGUGAAGGAGGGAGGAGAACUGGAUGAGCAGCUUGAGAGAGACCGCCUUCGGAAGGUUUUGAAGCGUAUGGGAAAACUCAAGUGUGCAAGGGAGGGCUGCACAGGAAGCUUCACGAGCAUAAUGGGAUACCUAUAUCACGUUAGAAAAUGUGGGAAGGCUGCAUCUGAGCUGGACAAGAUUGCUAUGAAGUGCCAUCACUGUGGGAAAGCAUACAGAUCAAAGGCAGGGCUUGCCUACCAUCUCCGGUCUAAGCACGGCCCGGUAACUUUCCUCCGUGAGGAGAGAACAGAGAGCCUGAAGGAAAUGAAGCAGGAGCCAGACAGCUCAGGCAGAGUCCAGAGGAGAUCUGCAAAGGUGGCAGUCUACUAUCUCCAUGAGCUAGCUGGAGAAGAGCUGGCCAAAGAGUGGCCCAAGAGAAAAGUUCUGCAGGACUUGAUUCCAGAUGACCGGAAGCUGAAAUACACUCGUCCCGGAUUGCCCACGUUUAGUCAAGAUGUGCUGUGCAAAUGGAAAACAGAGAUUAAGAUGUACCGAAGAGUCCACUGCCCAAAUCAGGGCUGUGAAUCUGUAUAUGGCAGCGUCUCGGGACUGAAAUCUCACCUCGGCACAUGUACCUUGGGAGACUUUGUGGCUGGUAAAUACAAGUGUCUCCUGUGUGAGAAGGAGUUUGUUUCAGAGAGUGGGGUCAAGUAUCACAUCAACUCCGUCCAUGCUGAGGACUGGUUUGAUAUGAACACAACUACCACCAAAAGCUUUCAGAAGCUAAUGAAAAUCCGCCAAAGAGAAGAGCAAAAGAAACAACAGAAGAAACGUCCCUUGAGCCGGGGUAAAAAGAAGAAAAAUGGGACCCUGUCUGCCAAGAAGCUUCCCACUGCUGGAGCUGAAAAAAUGAGAAGAAAUAAGAGAGGUCGUCUGCAGCGUGUGGACAAUGAGAGUGUGAGUAGCGAGGAGGGGGAGCACCAAGUUGCACAGAGAGAUGAAUUUCCAAGAACCAGCCACAAGCGAGGCCGGAAGUAAACCCUUGGAAGAAGAGAAGGAGUAAUCCUAAAGCUUUCCAGUGACAAGCUGCACUUCUGUCAGGCUCAUAACCCACAGCACUAAUAGAAGCAACUGACUGUGGGACUGUGACUCUCGUUCUACAUCUUUACCUUGAUUUUGAAACUGUUGUUUCUAGUCAGUUGAGAGAGACUUGAAACCAAAGCUGUGGCACAGAGGCUGCCUCUCCUGGUGUAGUUCGCUUGGACAGUGGCACUAGCAGUGGUACCCGGCGUAGUUCCUGCUCUGAUUACAGUCUCAGUUUGGGUCACAUUAGUUGCUUGUUUAGUGGUUUCUGGUACAGCAGCUGUCUGUUUUGUUAUCUUCCUCUGAUGGGUGAGAUCAGGGUUAUUGUUUCGCAGUUCUUCCUGCAGUGGACUGACUAGCACAGUGUUCAGGUCUCUUUAAGAGAGGAAUCCUUUUUUGCAUAGUAUACACACAAACUAAGCAGGACCGUGCAGAAUACAAAGGCCAAAGGCUUUAGCUUACCCUAUAACUGUCCUUUUGUCAGCAAGGCUGCCACAGAAGAGCAAAUACCUACCUAGCACGUGCUCCAGUCUAUUGUACAGGGAACUGUCUCUACUUCAUACGCUGAUGUUUAAGCUCAGCAUCAGGCAGUAGCACAUGAGCUAUGAGCACAUGAGGUCUGCUUGGAAGUGAUGGGACAUCAUUACUACCCUCACCAGGUACCCACUAUUCCCCCAUCAUCUGUCUUCUGUAGCACCGGGCAUUGGAUAUACUUAGAGGGUCUUCCAGUCCAGUGAGGAAUAAAUACUCUCCAGCUUUUUUGGGAGAUUCACUGGACUUUCAGAGACUUCCGGUAACUAAUGUAAUAAGAUGGCCUUUGUGGGCCCUCUGAAGACUGCUUGUUUCAGACUCAUCUGGGAAACAAACUUGCUGCAAGAUCUAAACAACUUGUGCAGAUCUACAACAGCAGUCUUGCUAAUGCUGAAGGCCAGGUGCUACUGAGCUGCCUUGCCAGUGUGUUCUUUCCAUGCCCACACUCCCAUAGUGUCUUUUUUUUUUUUCCUGCACUGUAGGUGCCACCUUCAUUGUCUUAUGUCACCCUUGAUUUGUUCUGCAUGCUCUGGUGCUGUUCAGUUGUCUGCAGCAUUUCUCCUCAGUACUCCACACCAUGCAGCUCAACUUGGGCCACACAUGUUUACUACCUUCCUGCCCACCAGAUGGACAAGGAUAAACCCAUAAAUUACACGGGGGCUUUCGUAGUGGAAUUCAGUCUAGAGUUCUAUUUACUGUCAUUUAGGAGUUACUGACAAAACCUACUUUGUGACCACCUGGGUUUUGCAGAAUUAUAUCAACAGCAUAUCCGCCCACAUAACACAGCACAUGAAAACAAAGUCACUAACAGUCCCCCUGUGCUCCAUCAGUGUGACAGCAGAGGGUUUUCUAGAUUGGCUGCAGCCAGUAAGAGGUGGUGGCAGAGCCACACCAGCACAGUCUGGGGUCGUCCAGAUGCUCCUUGAGCUCUGACAGGCUUGGUGGUGUGACCCCUUCACUGAGGAGCCUGUCAAGUCACUGACCACCCUGUCAAUGGAAAACCCUUUCCCAAUGCCCAAUCUGAACUUCCCCUGACACAGCUUCAUUCCAUUUCUCUAUGUCCAAUUGCUGGUCCCCAGAGAGAGGAGAUCAGCACCUGCCCCUCCACUGACUCCCAGGAGGAAGGUGCUGACUGAUGAGGGCACCCCUCAGCCUUCUCCAAGGUGAACAGACUAAGUGACUUCAGCUGUUCCUCCUAUGUCUGGCCCUUAAGAUGCUUCACCGUCUUGGCCACCCUUCUCUGGACACACUUGGACAGUUUGAUGUCCUUUGUAUGUUGAGGCACCCAAGACUGUACACAGCAGUGGAAGUGGGGCUGCACCAGUGCAGAGCAGAGUGAGACAAUCACCUCCCUCCGCUGGCUGGCUGUGUUAUGCCUGGUGAAAGAUACAGGAAGUGUCAUCAUUUCAAAGAAACACUCAUUUUCUGUCACAUCCUGUAUUUUUUGAAGGCGUGCUUUCCAUAUUGCCAUUACAGAUGCAACUGUAGACCUCGUGGAGUUAUUUAAGGUGAUGCUCAUAACAUGCUGAGACACAUUAUCACGUUCAGUUGGGCAUCGAGUCAAAGAACACUUCAUGGGUACAAACAGUUUCAAGUUGGAGUUUAUGUGUCACAGGAUGAACAAUGACAUUUUUGCAAGUGGCCAAAAAUAUUAUUUCUACAGCUGCAUUUGAGGCAGCACUACACAAAAUACACUGCACGAACGUUAGAAUUUGAGAAAGUUAAGUUUCUAAGGUGCAAAGGUGUGGUAGUUCGAGCCUGGCUGGAUGCCAGGUGCCCACCACACUGCUCUAUCACCCACUUCCUCAGCAAGCCAGGGAGGGGAGAAAAUAAGAUGAGUUGAGAUAAAAGCAGUUUAAUAAAGAAACAGCAAAGCCACGUGUGCGGGAAGCGAAGCAAAAAGCAGAUAAAGCUGUUACUCUCUACUUCCCAUCAGCAGCGAUGUCCGGCCACCUCCCGAGAAGCAGGGCUUCAGUACGCGUAGCGGUUGCUUUGGGAAGGCCAGAAAUGAAUCUCGCCUCCCCUUCCUGCUCCUCUCCCCCAGUUUAUAUUACUGAGCUGAUGUCAUAUGGUAUGGAAUAUCUCCUUGGUCAGCCUGGGUCAGCUGUUCUGGCCAUGGUCUCUCCUAAGAUCAUGCCCACCCACAGCUGUUGGUGAAGGUGGGGGAAGGAAUGCUGGAGGGACAGCCCUGAUGCUGUGUGAGCAGUAGUCAUAAUAUCAACAGUAAGCACAGCACUGCAGGAGCUGCUGUGGAAAAUCACUACCAGCCCAGACCCACUACGGUCUAAUGGGAUCUAAUACUUUAUAGAAGUCUCCCAAAGGCAUGCACCCACACCAGAUUUAGGAAUUUGUUGUACAUUCUUCACGUAGAAUUCAUUCAUUCAUUCAUUUGUGUUCUCACCACCUUUUGUCAGUUUCAUUCUUCCGGUGACAUUUGUGAUCUCUUUAAGAGCAAAUCUUUUUUUUCUUCUUCAGAUCAGUUGCCUGAAUCUGGAUGUGGUAAUUUUCUUUCACAAAAUGGAAGGUUUGGGAGAUGAUGUAUGCCAGUGAAUUAAAU